AUGCAGCACAGGAGCUCCAUGGUGCGUCGACGCUGCUUGGCCAGCUUUUGCUUGGUGCUCUUUGCGGCGUUUUCCCAAUCGAGCUUCAGCUUCAUCAACCUGGGACUAAACUUGCCAGGCAGGAUCAAAGCUCUGGUUGCCAGAGGGGCCGGCGAAGGUGCUAUUCUCUCUUGCGACACGAGGGAAGACUUUGUCGCAAACCUCAACGGCUCGUUGACGGUAGCUAUGUUCUCCUCGUCAAUGUGUGGACCGUGUUUCCUCAUGGAGCCUAAGGCCAGGUCAGAGAAAGAGAGACGGCUCAGUGCAUCUUGCCAGCUCUGGGUGUCAGCAUCGGGGUUUCGUCUUUGA